AUGGCAGCAUCAUCCGAUACCGCCGGAAUUCAAUACUUCGACUUGAAAGACUUCAGCUUCCAAAACGGUGCUACUCUCCCCAGCAUCCGCAUCGCAUUUCGCGAGUUCAACCCGACCGCACAAAAGACUGCACUGGUCCCAACAUGCUUUCGCGGGAGAAUCAAUGAAACCUUCAAUUUCACCACUGGAGUAUUGCAGACCUAUCGAGUGAUCGUAGUCGCAUUACUGGGGAAUGGCGAAUCUGCAAGUCCCUCCAAUACCCCGGGUUUCCCCGACACCCUCGACUACAGAGACUGUGUUCGGGCGCAGCAUACGCUAGUCACAGAGCAUUUGCGAAUUCCAUCCCUCGAUGUUGUUGUUGGCUUUUCUAUGGGAGGUCAAUGCACAUAUCACUGGACUGCUAUGUACCCCGCGGUGGUUAGAAAUGCAGUCAUCAUAUGCUCAUCAGCCAGAACAAGUCUUCACAAUUACCAAUGUUUAGAAGGACCCAAGGCUGCCCUGUUAAACUCUGUUGAUUACAAUGAUAAGGAGCUUCGCGCUCAGAAUAUCGCGCCCACCAGAGGAUUGCAUGCUUUUGGAAGAGCAUACUCAGCAUGGCUAGCAAGUGCUGAAUGGUUUGAAGAGCGCUUAUUUGAAAAGUGGGGCUUCAAAACACUCGAUGACUGGGCCGAUGCCGGGGCAAAAAGUUAUGAUGACUGGCAUCCUGAUGAUCUUUUGAUUAUGCUGGGGAUGUGGCAGCGAUCAGAUCUGAGUGUCGUCGGGGACGGUAAGAUGUCUCUGGAAGACGUGCUAGGCGGCUUGGCUCCGAGAAUUCUGCUCAUGCCUUGUCUUACCGAUCAAUACUUCACGUGGAAGGCAAGCAAGAAGGAAGUUGAAUAUUUGAAGAAUGGAGAAAUUGCCAUUAUACCAUCUAUCUGGGGUCAUAUGGGUGGGGGAGGAGCAAACCAAGAGGAUAUUGAGUGGAUGGAUCGUGAGAUAGCGGCGUUUUUGAGUGCAUCAUGA